AUGGCUAGUGAAGAAAGACAGAGGCCUUCUUCUCCGUCAACAGGGGAUGAUAAAGGCGGAGGAGAAGGUGGUACUGGACAAGGAAAAGAUGGAAGCUCAGCAGAAAAGCAGUCUUUGCAUCCAGGCAUCCCUAUCCGGGGUAUCAGGAUGAAAUUUGCUGUUCUGACAGGAUUGGUGGAAGUUGGGGAAGUAUCCAACAGGGAUAUUGUAGAAACUGUGUUCAAUCUGCUUGUAGGUGGUCAUUUCGAUCUGGAAAUGAAUUUUAUUAUACAAGAAGGAGAAGGUAUUACAUGCAUGUUGGACUUGCUGGAUAAGUGUGAUGUCACUUGCCAGGCAGAGAUAUGGAGCAUGUUUACAGCCAUCCUGAAAAAAAGUAUACGAAAUCUGCAGAUUUGCACAGAAGUAGGUCUUAUUGAGCAUGUGCUUCAGAGGAUUGAUAAAGCUGACAACAUGAUUGCAGAUCUUUUAGUUGAUAUGCUUGGCGUAUUAGCAAGCUACAGUGUGACAGUUCGGGAAUUAAAGCUAUACUUUAGCAAACUUCAAGGAGACAAAGGGAAAUGGCCUCUGUAUGCUGGAAAGUUGCUGUCUGUAUUAAAAUAUAUGCCCCAGAAAUAUGGGCCUGAUGCCUUCUUCAAUUUCCCAGGAAAAAGUGCUGCAGCUAUUGCCUUACCUCCUAUAGCAAAGUGGCCAUACCAGAAUGGAUUUACCUUUCAUACUUGGUUAAGAAUGGAUCCUGUAAAUAAUAUUAAUGUAGACAAAGAUAAGCCUUACUUAUAUUGUUUUAGAACAAGUAAAGGGCUUGGUUAUUCUGCUCAUUUUGUGGGAGGCUGUUUGGUUGUGACAUCAAUUAAAUCAAAAGGAAAAGGUUUCCAGCACUGUGUGAAAUUUGAUUUCAAGCCACAAAAGUGGUACAUGGUUACUAUUGUUCAUAUCUAUAAUCGUUGGAAGAACAGUGAACUCAGAUGUUAUGUGAAUGGAGAACUAGCAUCAUAUGGAGAGAUAACAUGGUUUGUCAAUGCCAGUGAUACAUUUGACAAAUGUUUCCUGGGCUCUUCAGAAACGGCAGAUGCCAAUCGAGUAUUUUGUGGCCAGAUGACAGCUGUUUAUCUUUUCAGUGAAGCUCUCAAUGCUGCACAGAUCUUUGCAAUUUAUCAACUUGGUCUGGGAUACAAAGGAGCUUUUAAGUUCAAAGGAGAAAGUGAUCUGUUCCUAGCUGAUCAUCAUAAACAAUUAUUAUAUGAUGGGAAACUGUCUAAUGCUAUUUCCUUUACAUACAACCCAAGGGCUACAGAUGCACAGCUCUGCCUAGAAUCAUCACCCAAGGACAAUCCUUCUAUCUUUGUACAUUCACCACAUGCCCUCAUGCUACAGGAUGUGAAAGCAGUCAUAACCCAUUCUAUCCAAAGUGCAAUGCAUUCUAUUGGAGGAGUGCAGGUAUUAUUUCCUCUGUUUGCACAGUUGGACUAUAGGCAAUAUUCCGUGGAUCAGCCUGACACAACUCUUUGUUCUAUUUUACUGGCUUUCAUUAUGGAAUUGCUGAAGAACUCAGUCGCUAUGCAAGAACAAAUGCUUUCUUGUAAGGGCUUCCUUGUAAUAGGAUACAGUCUUGAAAAGUCUUCCAAAGCACACAUUAACAGAACUGUCUUAGACCUUUGCCUUGCCUUUGCUAAAUAUUUGAGCAAUUUGCAUAAUGGAGCCCCCUUGCUGAAGCAGCUCUGUGAUCAUAUUCUACUUAACCCUGUAAUAUGGAUUCAUACUCCAACCAAGGUUCAAUUGAUGUUGUACACUUACUUGUCUACUGAGUUCAUUGGCAUAGCAAAUAUAUAUAAUGCAAUUAGACGAGUUGGUACAGUUCUAUUGGCAAUGCAUACCUUGAAGUAUUACUAUUGGGUAGUUAAUCCUCAAGACCGUAGUGGAAUUACUCCCAAAGGUUUAGAUGGACCUCGGCCUAAUCAGAAAGAAAUUCUUUCUCUGCGAGCCUGUUUACUGAUGUUUAUUAAGCAGUUGGUGACAAAGGACUAUGGAGUGAAAGAAGAUGAACUCCAGGGCAUUCUGAAUUAUCUUCUUACCAUUCAUGAGGAUGAAAAUUUAAUGGAUGUUUUGCAAUUGCUUGUUGCUCUCAUGUCUGAGCACCCCAGUUCUAUGAUUCCUGCUUUUGAUCAGAGGAAUGGAUUACGUAAAGAUACAUGGCCGAGGCUGCCCAAGGAUAUUGCCUGUUUGAGAUUUGACCAAGAGACUGGAGGUGGCUGCAGUAUUCAGAAGGAAAAUACUGGUCAGCAGGGAAGACAGUUCUCUGAUGGACCUCGGCCUAAUCAGAAAGAAAUUCUUUCUCUGCGAGCCUGUUUACUGAUGUUUAUUAAGCAGUUGGUGACAAAGGACUAUGGAGUGAAAGAAGAUGAACUACAGGGCAUUCUGAAUUAUCUUCUUACCAUUCAUGAGGAUGAAAAUUUAAUGGAUGUUUUGCAAUUGCUUGUUGCUCUCAUGUCUGAGCACCCCAGUUCUAUGAUUCCUGCUUUUGAUCAGAGGAAUGGAUUACGUGUUAUCUACAAGCUUCUUGCUUCCAAAAGUGAAGGGAUCAGAGUACAAGCACUGAAGGUGAUGGGCUACUUUUUAAAGCAUCUGGCACCCAAGAGGAAAGCAGAAAUUAUGCUUGGACAUGGACUGUUUUCUCUUCUGACUGAGAGGCUUACGCUUCAAACAAACUUAAUUUCUAUGACUACCUACAAUGUACUUUUUGAGAUACUUAUUGAGCAGAUUUGUACACAAGUGAUGCAUAAACAGCAUCCUGACCCAGAUUCAACAGUGAAAAUACAAAAUCCCCAGUUUCUGAAAGUUAUUGCUGUUUUGCUGCGUAAUUCUCCGCCAUGCUCAGAAACCAUGGAAGUCCACCGAGUUUUCCUAUCAGACAUGAUUAAGCUUUUUAAUAGCAGCAGGGAGAAUAGGAGGAGUUUACUACAGUGUUCUGUAUGGCAGGAAUGGAUGCUUUCCCUUUGCUAUUUUAAUCCCCAAAGCUCUGAUGAACAGAAGAUAACAGAAAUGGUGUAUGCCAUUUUUAGGAUAUUACUUUAUCAUGCAAUCAAGUAUGAAUGGGGUGGCUGGCGUGUUUGGGUGGAUACCCUAGCAAUUACACAUUCAAAGGUAACUUUUGAAAUACAUAAACAGAACCUUUCUCGGAUGUUCAGGGAAUAUGAAGAGAAAGGAGACGAAUGCUGCACUGCUGGUCCAUCAUCCAUUAUUAGAACAAUUUCCGGUAUUAGUAAAGAAGCUGAAGUUACAGAGAAGCUCCAUCAUCUGGAAAAAAAAGAAGCUGACACUUCUUCAGUUGAUACUGACAACAGAAGCAUGAACAAUAGUGUUUUGAAAGAUGAAAGUAGAUUAUCUGAUUUUGAAGAACCCAGUAAUUCAGAAACAAAGAAAGAAAAAACCAAAACAGAAAAUAUUCAGAGACCUCUUGAUUUAAAUGGAGCACCUAGUUUAGAUCUUCCCCUACAAGCCAAAAUUACAAAACAGAGCUCAGACUGUACUGCUGAAAUUACUGGAAUAAACCAUGAAGAAAAAGAAAUAUGUACCACCGAUUCACAAUCAUCUUUAGAAAAUGUUGAAACACUAGAAAGUCCAGAAAUGUUAGAAAAUGUAACACCAGAAGUAUAUGUGGAGGAGGAUGAAGAUUUUGUUGAUUUAAAAGACGAGACUAAUCUGGCACUUAAAUCAGAACAAUGUGUUCCAAAACCCAUUGAGGGUCAUGAUUUGUGCGAUAGCCAGGUAACCUCAGUUAUACAGCAGUGCACUGCUUCUUCAAAAGAACCUGUUUCAAUAGAAGCAGUUCCUGAAACUGUUGAAGGAUCAGUGGAAACAGAACAGCAGGAUGGCUUGCCAGAAAUCAGUUGUCCUGAAAUAAACAGAGCUCAGUCAACUUCAGACAAUGAGAAUAACAUUGAUGACAAAAAUACUAAUCAACCCCAAACCAAGACAGUUGUAGAUAGCACACAACCACAGACUUCAGAAGCUAUAAUUGCUUUAGAUAAGAAAAUUGCCAGACUUGAUGUUUCCAGCAUUGCAUCAGAUACUGAAAGAUUAGAAUUAAAACCCCAUGCAAAUCCAGAAGUAAAUCAACCUCCUAGAGCCAUUACUGAGAAAUACCUUCCAAAGGAUAAUCAUCAAGUUACAUCACAGUUCCUCAAAGGAGGAAAAUCACAAGCAGCAGCAAUAUAUGCACCCUAUGUGGUAAGGUCUAGCUGCUGCUUAUUCUUGUCUUGGCUGGCAGAGAUGGUGGCAUAG